UUUGUUGUUGUUGUUUUAGGUAUGUAUGUUUGUCAGCAUCACCACUCCACAGAAUUCAUGGACAUUCAGUUCAACUUCACCUACACAGCGGGCGACCUGGCGACGCUCUACUGUAGAGUCAAAGACCUAGGUACCAAAGUGGUAGUAUGGCGGAGGACCUCUCAGCCGCAUCCUAUUUCCGUCGGGCUGGACAUAUAUGUACCAGACGAUAGAUAUCACGUGCAACAUAUUCCAUAUCGAGGCAGCUGGAAUUUGAUGAUUAAGAACGUGAAUAUCAAUGACGCUGGUGUGUACGAAUGCCAAAUAAGUGCCAAAGAAAGAGCGGGCUCCCGGCGACUCGUCCUCCUUAAUGUCCUUGAAGCGCCAUCUACAACGACCCAGAAAACAUUUUCUCCGCCAGACAUAUACAUUUCGACUAGCUCCAACUUUGUUGAAGUGGGUCGUACAAUUACGGUGAUAUGCAAUGCAACCGCCAUAGAUUUGCCGACUGGAGACAUUGACUGGUUUGUAGAAGGACAUAAAGUCAGAGAAAAUUCGCGCACCACAAUAACAAAGUAUUCCUCAUUUGUAGAAAAGGUGAUAAUUAGUAAACUGACAAUAACAAAUGCACAACUACAGGACGCCGGAACGUACGUUUGUCGGACGUCCGAAUCUCAGAUCAGCAACACAAAAAUUCAUGUUUUAAGUGCAAGGUCUAUAAACUCCAAGCGAGGAACAGAUAGCGAAGAUCGCUAUGCCAAGUCACAAAGGUCGUCUGCAUCAUCAUUGUUUACGUCACUUCCUGGACUGUUUCAUCUGCUACCUUGUGUUAUAAUUCACUAUUGUCGGACUUAGUUGUUAUCUGUUUUCAAUGAAUUAAUUUUCUAUGCAUUAUAUUGUUACAUAAAUAUAUUUU